AAGAGUGCCAGGUGCUAUAUUUACAGGUAAAGGCUACAAAGAAAAUGAGUCGUAAGGUAAACUAAAUGUUUGAAGCGUCCAUAUGAGUGCUUUUAGUUCUACCAAUGAAGCCGUCCUUGUCCCUUCUUCCCUAUAACGCUCUUCAUUUGUUCAAUGCGAAGCGUAUUGUAGGUAUUAAGGCAGGAUGAAAAAGCCUGACUACUUUGUCAUAAUUAAUCAUAAGUAGCUUGGCACAUCACGCGCUCUACUUCCUUGACUUUUACAUUUCUUUUUGAUGUAGCCAAGUAGACAGAUCUCCACCGGGACCUGUUCAGGAACCUCUCUCCGACGACUUCUUCCCACAAGAAAUAAAAUGGCCCACAUCGAUUGGUUGAAGCUCCUAUUUUUCACGUCUGGUUGUUUUGUCGGAGUGCAGACUUUUCUCAGCGUUUUUGACUUAAUCGACACGGUCGGACCGGCGUACCGCGAAACCGACGACCUCUUUCACAGCCUCGGGGAUGCCAAAGUGCAAGCGGAUGCGAUCACUGCCACCGCGAACUGGCGCAGACUGCGCCGCGGGGUCGGUGGGGGUGCCGGGGAGACACCCACGGCCGAUAUUCUUGCCGUGGUGGAAAAAAAGCGACGCGAAGUCGCCCUGGAGGAACUACUAAAGGCAAAAGGGGACGAGACUGAUGUUCCAAAAGCAGAGGACAUCCAACUAGACCCGCUACCGAAUGAAAAGGCGAGGGACAUUUUCAAGCUAGGCAAACUCGGGAAAGUGAACUGGCGAAUACGGCUGUUUUCCACUACAGCGCAAAUCUUGACCAUGACGGGGACGCUCAUCGGCCUGUUCAUGGCCAUACUCACAGCAGGAACAAAUAUCGCGCAGCUGGUCAGUCUGUAUGUGGUGUUCAUCGGGUCAUUUUUAACCAUGGCCAUAGGCGAAGUGUUCGACAACUACAUGAUUUACGAGGGAAUGGUACUACCGAAGGUGGCCGGGCUCACGGAUUUCACGGUAUUUAUUGAAGUGUCAGCUGCGCCAGUUACACUUUAGUUUCAGUGGUUAGAGCUUCUAUGUGCCAAUCUGAUAUAUCUUUUUUCAGAUAUGCGACUGGACGAGAAAAUCGAAAUCGAAAUUGCAAAACCACACAGAAUCUCAUGGCGGGAUUUGGUGCGAUGUUGUUUUCCUUUCUCGCACUGUAUAAGCAUGAGCUGGGAAUCACGACGACGGAGUUGGGUCCGCCUAAAUCCAGACGCAUAUGAACUGCAAAAGUAUCGUACUAGUAUAAAUUGCAUUACAAAUUAACCCAGCAUUGCAAAAUUUGUAAUGCUGAUUUACCUUGAGAACGAGACUUGUAAUGCAUAAAAUACAAUUACUACGAGUACGAUACUUUUGCUAUGCAUAACGCACCACGCUAGCCAAUGUGGAGUACGAGCUCGGAAAGGUGGACAUUUCCACGACAGGCGACAACGUAGACGAGCAGAAAGGCUUGUUGAGCGACAAAGUAGGGCGGCCCUCCUCCACGAACCGGGGGCCGAGCCUGGUGCGGAAUCGGUUGCCGAGUGGUCAGAUGACGGGAGUAGACUUAGCCACGAGCAGGAUCUCGCAAACCGCGAAGUUAUCAAAUGUAAAAAUGUCUGGGUCUGGAAGAAUGCAACCUGUCAUGCUACAUCUGAAGCAUGCAAAAAUCUGUGUUGCAUGCUUACCAAAAGUCGUCCAGUUUUGACCAAGUCAGGAGGGAGUUUCUCAUGCAGGAUUGGCAUGAGAGAGAUCGCGCAGUAGAAUCUGUCAUGCUAGGUCCUGCAUUCCAGAUCUCAUGGAUCAUGGAAAAGCUGCAUGACAAAUCGCGCAUUCUUCCAGACCCAGACAUUUUUACAUUUGAUAGAAGUUCACUACUGGCAAUAUUACUAGAGAGUCGGAUACCUCGGAUAGCGAAGAGAUGGACUCUGCUGGGUCCGAUCCCAGUGGGGCGGAAAACAAGGAGAAGAGAAAGGAAAAGAAGAAGGACAAAGAGCACAAGAAAAAGGACAAGCCGGCGGGGGACCAAAACAAGGAGCACAAAGGGGAUCACAAAGACAAGGAGCACAAAGACAAGGACAAACACGGCGGAGGUGGACAUCACGAGCAUAAGGAACAGCACGACCGCAAAAGUGCUCGGGGCGCAAAUAAGGUGCUCUCGACGACGCCGGUGGUAGACUCCCCAAACGUCAUGAGCUUCCAGAACGCGCGGGGACCGUCGACAGGCACCGCGCAGUCAACCGACGCUCUUAUCAUGCAAGGGAACCUGAAUGUGGGUGCAGGGGCAGCGGAGUUUGAGUUAUAGAGCUAUUUCUUAGGAUAAGUAGCAUAUCCAUAUCGUAGGAACCGUACGCUCCUUCGUCUUGUGCUCUUUUUUAGCUGUGCUCUUCUUCUGCUGUCCUUUACCUGUUUGAGAGUUUACUCUCUGUGCUCUGUCAUACUUAGUCGAAAUGACAUAGAUGUGCGUAGAUCCAUCCCCCGCCCUUAACUCCCAUUACGUCGUGAUGGUGCUCAUCACAAAACACCUCAAGCACCUUUCUGAGUUGCUUUUCACCCAUGCAAGCUCUUGUCGAGCUACAAACAUAAUAUUUCAUCUUACGAUAAGUUUUCGUUCUCCCAAUCCUGAGUACAUAUUUUUUACGGUUCGUAGUUGAACGAACUUCAAUCCUGCCAAUGCAUUUGUCGGCUUUCAGUUUCAAUGCUGCCCUGUAUGAUGACGAAACAAAAGGUUUUUUAGGUUUCUGAAAAGGGAAUCAGCGAAGCUCGACUGCGUAACUAAUGCAAGUACGACCACACAUAAGUGUCAU